AAACCCUUUAUCCGGCAAACCAACACCGAAAAAUAAUAACAGUUUUUAAUCUUAGCUUGACGAUAGAAUCUUCCGCCAUAACACUUAACAUUUAAAACUUUAAAGUUUUUGUCUUCCUAAAUUGGUAAUUUUAUGUUCCUAGCAUGUCACAAACGAAGACGGAAGUUGUCUACAGGGACUACUCUCGCAUCGCUUGAGUCUUCUCCGAUUCUCCGUGUUUUGAAGCCGCAGGAAUGGUCGUGCUAAGAGGAAUCCCCUCUGUUUUAUCACCUGAACUUCUGUAUGCUCUCGCUAAAAUGGGCCACGGGGAUGAACUGGUGCUUGCUGAUGCUAAUUUCCCAGCAUCUUCUAUUUGUGCAUGUGGCCCAAAGGAAAUAAGGGCUGAUGGGUUGGGGAUCCCACGGCUUUUGGAGGCUGUUUUGAAGCUUUUGCCCCUGGACACCUAUGUCCCCUUUCCGGCUGCAGUUAUGGAUCUAGUAGAUAGUGACAAGCAGAGAUGUUUAGCUGUGCCUGUGUGGGGCACCUACGAACAGCUCUUGAGGCAGGCAGGCUCUCAGGUUUCUCUUGAGAAGGUGGAAAGGUUUGCUUUCUAUGAACGAGCCAAGAAGGCCUACGCUGUUGUGGCAACAGGGGAGACGGCUCUGUAUGGUAACCUGAUACUGAAGAAGGGGGUCAUUCCUGCUGAGCAGCUACAGUGACACGCACGCACACACACACACACACACAUUUUGAACACAUUUGAUGAUUUCAGUUUUUAAUUACUGUUGUU